GAUAUAACCACNAUCCUUUAAGAGUUCGAAGCGAAGCGAAGGAAAAGAUUUGAUCCAGUUAUGGAGGGUAAUUCUGGCGAUCUCACAACAACAGUAUCAAGUUUUAUAUAUGCAAGAGAUCCAAGUAUUUUGGCGUGGAGCAAGACAACCUUAGAAAAGGUUAAAGUUAAUCUGGAAGAUGUUAUUGUGGAUUCCGGUGAUCAAACUACUGCCAGUGAAGAAGAGAAUGAGUCCAAAUGCAUCCAAGUAUUUUUAAGAAUGAAGGGAGGUGUCCCAUAUGAAAAUCUCUAUCAAAUAGACAAUGACAACUUGAUUUGCAAAGUUCCUGAAGGAUCCUACAGUAUGAGAAAUCUAAAGUAUGGUAAUUCUAUGACAAGAACAUACACUUUUUCAAAAAUAUUUGGGCCAGAUGUUAUGCAAAUUGAAAUAUUCAACAGCAUCGUUAAACCAAGGAUUUUGGGUUUUAUAAAUGGUAGGAAUUCAACAUUAUUCACUUAUGGAGCUUCCGGAUCUGGCAAAACUUUUACCAUUGUCGGUACUCCUAAUGAGCCUGGGUUGAUCCCUAGGGCUUUGGAGUAUAUAUUCAGAACUCUUUCAAAAAUUGAAGAUAAACCAACCUUAAAACCAAUGCCCAAUGGCACAACUUCAAAGCUUGACAAGUCGAUGGUACACUUGGAGAAUAUGAAUAAGUUUGCUGUGCUGAAUGCUUCAAUAUCAGACAAAACAGCUCAUAUAAAAACUUACAAGCAAAUGCAAGAAAGACUGAGUACAGAACCUGCUGCAAAAAUAGAUGAUCUAUCAAAUGUGGUUAUCAAUAUAUGGGUCAGCUUUGCAGAAAUUUAUAAUGAGAGUAUCUACGAUUUGCUAAUAAGCGUCCCCAAAGGAAAGCAGCGACCUAGGUUAGCUUUGGGUCAAUCUAAAAGCCGCACAUACAUCAAAAAUUUGUCAUCAAUUAAUGUUUGUAAUGGAAUGGAAGCCUACCAAGUGUUACAGUUCGGUUUACAUAAUUUGAAAUAUGCGGCCACUGCCAUUAAUUCACAUUCCAGUAGGUCACAUUGUAUAUUUACAAUUACCUUAGUUCAGAUGUCAAAAAUGUGUAAUGAAGUAUGCAUCAGCAGCUUCAAUUUCUGUGAUCUGGCUGGGUCAGAGAGAUCAAAGAAGACAAUGAAUAUAGGUGAUAGGUUGAAAGAAUCUAACAAUAUCAACACAUCUUUAUUGGUAUUAGGCAGGUGCAUUGAGAAUGUGAGAAGUCUUCAACAAAUAAAAGACAAACGUCUAGUCCCAUUCAGGGAAUCGAAAUUAACACAGCUGUUUCAAAGAGCCCUAAUGGGUUUUGAGAACAUAGAAAUGAUUGUUAACAUCAAUCCCUGUAGAGAUAUGUUUGAUGAAACUUAUCAAGCUCUGAAUUUUGCUGCCAUCGCGAAGGAAAUAGUUAUAGAAGAGCAACCGACAAAGCCGAUCAGGAGAAAAAAUAGAUUUUCAGACAUGGCCGAACAUGCGAAGCCAAAUUUAGAGCCUGUAGAGGAAGUGAACGAUGCCCGUGACCAAGAAUUGGAGCAGCUGAGGAAAAUGGUCGUGGAUUUAUAUAAUGAAAUUGAACAUAAUAAGGAGGAGCAUUAUAAAGAAGUCGAAGAGGAAAGGGAGUAUACUAUUAAUUUAUACAAGGACUUUAUUAAAAAGAAAGAGAUACAACAUAAAGAAGAAAUUGAGGAGGCCGUCGAAAGGACUGUGGAAAGGUUAGAGGAACAACAUCGUAGAAAAAUUGAACAAUUGAAAUUCGAGUUUCUGAAUAAAUCGUCAAAUGGAAAUGAUAGUGUUAUAAGCAUUGAUGAUUCCAGUACAGAAGAAGCUUCCCCUCAAAAGAAGUCGCGUGAUAUCUCUGAUCAGACAGAGAAGAUUCAAGAACUGAAACAUCACAUAGCCUUGAUGGAAGUAGAACUGAGCGAACAAACAAAAAUUUUGAAAAAGUAUCAACAAAAUCAGAAACAAUAUGAUCGCCAAAUCGGAGAACUCCAACAAGAAUUAGACAAGUUGAAAAUAGAAUUAACUGAUUCUCAGGUUCUCCUUAGACAAGCAAAGGAGUCCUACAUGAGUUUGUUGGAUGAAAAUGAUUAUUUGAAAGAACAAAGGAAAAAGUUGUUAGCGGAGAAUUUCCUGCUCGAAGAGAAGUACGAGAUGACACUCUCUACUCAGAAUAUUUGUUUACACUGUGACUCGCACGACUCUGAUGAGGAGAACACUACGACUAGGUCAUCUACGCUUUUACCUGUUAUUGAUAGUACACAAAGCGCUUCAAAGAUGCGCCUGAAGGAAGAAGAUAAAAGAGCCUUUUAAGGCCUGACAGUGAUGAAUCUGUGAUAAAGACAUUUCUUAGUUUUAGUAAAAAGAACUUACUUUUAAAUAUUUGUUAAUGAAAAACAUUAAUCUGUAUAUAUAAAGCACAAUUUGAAAAAUUAAAAAUAAUUUAUCAUAA